AUGGAAAAACAAUUUAGGGAGGUGCCGCAACGGUUGAGAGAACUAAAGAGUGAUGCGGAAGAAAAACUUCGUCCUUUGAAGGAAGAAGUUAAGGCAUGUAAUGAUAAUUCUUCCCGUGCUGAAAAGGCUUUGGAGCAACUGAAGGAGCUCGUUGAUGCAAGGGAAGAGGCGAAGGGUCCGUUUGCCAGUUAUACCGGUCCCGGUGAGACGGAAAAACAGCGGAAGAAGGAGGAGGCUGCACUACAAGAAGGUAAAGAUGCCGCUUCUAAUGUCAAGUUAGCGGCGACGAAGACAAGAAAGGCGGCUGAAGCAGUUAAAAAGACAUUAGCUGAGAUGGAAAAACUUUCUAAUACUCUUGUCCCCAGUGCUAUUGGAUUUUUGAAUUCUCCUGCAUUUUUUAAUUUGCCGUCCAAGAGAUAUUCGGUAAUGGAGGAUUUGGCUGUCGCCAGCACUAGAGAAGGUGAAUCCAUUCAGGCCUUCGUUGCAGAAGAGAAAUUGAGCGUCAAAAGGGCCUUCGACGCUGCGGAGAGGGCGGAGAAGUUCGCAAAUUUUUUGAAAGUGGGGCUGGAAUUGGCAGAGAAAGAAUUCAAAGAGGAAUUUUGGGAAUCAUGGUCUUAA